AUGCUUUUUUUACUCAAGGACAACAAGGUAAAAUGGAAAACUAAUGAUGCGACAUCUUCAGUCUCCGAUUCUUAUCAUCUCCAGGUGCUCGACGAUAUGUUCCCUCUGGAAACUUCAUAAUCGGUUUGCACGUAAAAAAUGGCGGAUUGUACGGAAAGCACGGAGGAGUCCAAUGGACCUAGGCCACCGAUAAUUUUGAAGUUUUACGCCCCAGAAGAAGCCAGCGAAAACUCCGCCAAUGACGAAGCUGAAGGACAAUCCGGAGAAGACAGUUCCCAGACGCCCUCCUCGCCCUCCUCCAACUCCGCCAUCAAAAUCCACAGUCCAGUCUUGACAGCCUCGAAAUUCGGCAACUCAUUUGGGAUAAGUGAAUUCAGUAAAUCAUCAUCGUCCUCAGUUCUGAAGCCAUCGAGACUCCUCCGGCCCUCCCAACUGACUCCACUAGCAAUAAAUUCCCCCAGCACAUCCCUCACCCCAACAGUUCCAUCAGACACAUCAAAUCCCUUCACUAAAGUGACAGACAGUGCAUUGUCCGAUGAAAACGGUGAGGAAGUUAAAAAAUCAAGUGAAAAUGCCACAGACACGAAUAACCAAACUAAAAAGACAGAGGAGCCACUGAAAUUCUUGCCCCUGGGCACGAAUUCGAAGGAUCACCACGAGAAUAAUGUUAAUUGCACAGUGACAGCCUCGUCAACCUCGAGCUUCGUAUUUGGGCAGAAUCUCAAGGAUAGGGUGACUGUUGCCAGUGAAAAUGAUGGUGGCGAUGCGGAGAAUGAGGAGCAGGAGACGAGUAAGGAGAAGAGCAAUGAGAAUGGAUCAUCAGAGAUGUUGUUCUCUAGUGCAGCUGCUGUUUGUCGAACGACAAGUAGACCCGGUCUCACAUUAACGCAAGCGGCACAAGAAGUCGAGGAGGCAAACCGUGCGAAUAAGAGAAAAUACAGUCAAGUCACACCUCUGACAGGAGAGGAAGGGGAGACCAAUGUUUUGCAAAUAAAUUGCAAACUCUUUGCAUUUGACAAGGUAACCAGUGGUUGGCAAGAACGAGGCAGAGGUAUUCUACGUUUGAACGAUCGUGAUGACGAAUCCCGACUUGUUGGACGUGCAACGGGCACUCAACGACUCAUACUAAACACUAAAAUAUGGCCUGGAAUGACAGCAGAACUGGCAGGACCGAAAUCCCUGAGGCUAACUGCCAUGGAUGUUCACGGUGACAUUAGAAUUUUCAUUGUUCAAGCAGCACCCAAGGAAGUCGAUCAGCUUCACCAUCUCCUCACCCAGCGAUUAAAGCGCGCCAAGGAACGCCAGCCGAAGAAACUAGCCACCGAACACUGACACUUGAUCACACUUUUAAUUUGUUAAAUGAGUGAUAAAAAAAAAAAUGUACCAAGACUCGUGUGUUGAUAUCAUUAUUGACUGAUGAUUUUGGCGGAUAACUUAAAAUGGAAGGAUGAACUGGCGUGGGAUUCCAGUUUUAUUUCUGUUGAGAUUUAAUUCAGUGGACAAAUGGCACUGGAAAUUCACAUCAAACAACUGAAGAAAGAAUGCCCUUUCCCCAACUGACCGCUGAAUUAAACCAUGCCUACAAGGUUUUUUUUAUCACAAUUUGUGAGUUUGAUCGUUUAAAAAUUUAGGAUUUUCCAUUUCCUUUCGCCUCCGAUCAUUCCCCAUUGAUAUUCUUUUACACAAGUUUGAAUAAUACAACUGAUCGAUUAUUGAAAACACCGAGACAAACUUCUAAAGAAUCUAAAAGGAGGGCGACAACAGAGUAGCAUAAUAAUAAAUUAUGUAUAGUUCUUACGGGUAAUGAAUGUUUAUUUUUAAUUUUUUAUUAAAAUUCUUAUUUCUCCCCCAAUGUUUCUCCGCAAGACGAGUCGACCAUGGUUCAUCGUUUCGAAAAGGUUCUAAUGGAUCUAAUAAAUUUAAUCUAUAAAUCUGAGAAGUAAUAAAAUUGAAUAAAAAGUUGAUAAACCGAUA